CAUAGGCCAGUGGCCAGGGGUAAGGGGCAUGAUAAAUUAUUUUAACCGGUUCAGUAGUUAUUAAUAUAAACAAUACUCUACUUGGUAAUAAAUAUCAUCUUACUUAGUAACUGGUAACGUUGGUAAUUAUUGUUUGUUGGGUAACGCAAGUAUUUCUGUCAACACGCAAAUCUUAGAGCUGUUCGAAAUCGAGACAUAGCUGGACGAAAGUAACCAAUUUCAUUGCUGUUUCGCCGUAAUAUUUGGGAAUUAAAAUUCUUAUCACUUACUAAGCGCUGUAAUCCUUUAAUCAUCAAUGAUAUUAUCCGACAAUAAGCUCGACGCGUGGUAGCUAUUUUAUCUUAUCCCAGUUUUUUUCAUACUGCUGGAAAUGGAAUUUUUGACACCAUAUCAACAAACACUCUACAAAGAGAAUGUUUGCAUGGAUCCAUCUUCGCGAACUUUCCAUUCGAAUAUAUUUCAAGGAGAUGAAAUUUUUCAAAGCAACCGAACAAUUUCGCCGUCAAAAAUAGAUACUUUAGAAGAUAAUCAUUGCGAAGAGCGCGUAAAAACGCCAUGGGGACGAUCACGAAGUUAUGCCGGAGACGGACCGGUAUAUUUGCCGACCAAUCAUAGACCAAAAGGCGAGCCCCCACUUGUCCUCCAAAGAACACAUCGGCAUUUUGGUAGUGGUCUGUUUCCCUAUCCAAGAGGCCAUCCUUUUCAUCAAUGUUACGAACUUACAUCAUUAAAGAAAAGUGAUCUGAGAAGUAACGAUGAAUUAGCUACAGUUGCAAUGAAAUGGAGAGCAAGGGACAGCCCCACCUACAAGAAAAAGAUUGAAAAAAUUCCUCGACCUUCCACAACUCAGCUGCAUGAAAAACAAAUAAAAAUCGAGUUUCCCCAAGAACAUCCAUUGAGCUCCCACAUGUGUCGGCAUGAAAUCUUUCCGAAGUCGGACGCAUCUGAUGUGGUAGACCCUCUAAGUCACGAGGAAGAUCCUCAACCAAUGAGGAGCUACGUUUCUUCAAAAAAUGACACGUUCGUUGUGAAAAAGAUCAUGGGAAAUUCUGCCCGUCGUGAGAUCUAUACUCCCAGAAUGUCUGUAUCUCAUUUGAAACCUCGUGCAGUUUGUCAAAGCAAAACUGGAUGUUUAAAGGUUGACAGCCCGUAUUUUUCGCGACAUGAAAUCAUGACAGAGUUCAAUAGGCAAUAUCCAACGAUGAUUCCAAGAUUGGACUUGAAUAUCCAGAAGAAGAAACAACCAAGAUGGCUGGCCCAUUGCACUAGUACCCCUUGAUCUGUCGGUCUUAUUUGCUAGGACUUAUUUGGGGUUUUUUGCGGUCUGCUUUCCAAAACGGCGUCAAAGCGAAAAUGAGUUUUUCUUGUAUUAGCUAUUUAAGAAAUAGAAGAUGUUAGUGAGUUUCAUUGGAUUUUGCAAACCGAGGAGACCUUCAGAAGAGUUCGAGAGCUGAUCAGUGCAAACACGGAAAACAUCGUUUAUUUUUGCUGUAAAAUAGUAAUAAUGCGAAACAGAUAACUUUAAAGCAAAUGUAUUAAGUUUUCUUCUGACAUGUAUGUUCAUAAUUGAUUUGCAAAUUCUCUUUGAUUGAUUUAAUUCAGAUCGGUUUGCACAGCUAUAAACCAAUCACCGCACGCGUUAUAUUGUUUUCAUUUUAUAAAAUUUGUUUCAAGCUUUGUUCGCUUUGCAUGUUUAGAUUUCUUCAUUUUAGAAGACUUGUAUUCUUGUUUUGCUAUUCCAGUUGUGAAGUCAUUGACCUAUCGACCGCUUAAGCUAACUAUCGUUCAAACAACUAAAUCUAGUAAUUCAAUUUUAUUGAUAUAUUAGAUAUUUUGGUAACAACUCCAUAACUUA